AGUAGAGAGGAGGAGCAACAGAGUGUUGGGGUUGUCGGUUUUGACUAUGUCGGAGAGAAUGCGGCAGCCAUCUAUUCUGCCGGCUAUGGCUCAUCCGUGAACUACACGCGGGUCAUUGGCCAGCACUGGUUCACAGAGAAGAGGUUCUUCAGCUACUACUCUGCAGCCUGUAGGGACGAGGACGGAAAUGUCGAAGAAAAUGGAGAUUAUACGACCUGUGGGAGAUACACUCAGCUGGUGUGGGCUAGAAGCUAUGCUGUAGGUUGUGGUGCCUUCACGUGUCAGGAGGUUGAAGGGGACGAUCAGGACUACAACAACAACAACAACAAUAACAACAACCAAAAUGCAAAUGCAAUGUUUCUUGUGUGUACCUAUGGACCUGGGGGAAACUUUGCUGGUGAGCCUCCAUAUACCACUGGUUCAAAGCCCUGUGAAUCCUGCCCUUAUGACCGAUCGUACUGCAACAAGAACCUCUGU